UGCAUUGGUAAUAAGGACACUUGUAUGUGCUACUAUAAUAUGUCCUCCUCCUGCUCCUGUACAAAUUACAACAAUAGCAUCACUAUCCCUGCUGCAGUUAGACCAGUCUACGACUGUGGGCUUUAUAACGACACGUACAUCUGCACUGGUGCUCAGUACCGCAUGUACUGCAACACAAGAAUGCAUUAUUUUGACUACCAGAUAUAUAGAAACCAAAACCAAUAUCAAUGCUGGAGUAAUAACUGUGACUGCGUUGGUAAUAAGGACACCUGUACCUGCUCUCGUAGCACUCUGUCCUCCUGCUUCUGUGAGACUUAUGGUAAUAUUGUUGCUCUCAAUAGAGCAGUUAGUCCAGCUUAUGGCUGUGUGCUUCACAAUGACACGUACAUCUGCACUGGUGCUCAGUACCACAUGUACUGCAACACAAGUGCGCAUGAUUUCUACUACUGGAGAUACCAGUACCAAAACCAAGACCAAGACCAAUACCUGUGCAUGAGUAAUGACUGUAUCUGUGUUGGUAAUAAGGACACCUGUGCAUGCUACAGUAGCACUUUGUCUUCCUGCUUUUGUGAGACGUACAACAAUAACAGCACUAUCCCUACAGCAGUUAGUCCAUUGAGACUCUCUCAAUGUGUGUUUUUAAAUGACACGUACAUCUGCACUGGGGAUCAGUACCGCAUGCACUGCAACACAAGAAUGCAUUAUUUUAACUACCGGAGAUAUCAGAACCAAAACCACUAUGAAUACCAAUGCGGGAACAACUGCGCCUGCAUUAGUAAUAAUGACACUUGUACAUGCUACAGUCAUACCAACUCCUCCUGCUUCUGCGAGUAUAAUAUCUCCACUCCAACCACACUCAGUCCAACUACUACAGGUACGCAUGUUUCUAGACUGAAAUGUGAUGUUUGAUUUUACUGUAUUCAUGUUAUAAUGAUGAGUUCCCUCACUACAGGUCCGUAUAACACCGAUAACAUGCCGGAUCAAUGCAGGAGUCAGAACUCUACAGGAUGUUUUCAAAAUCUUCUUGAAAACAAAGAGAACAUUACAGCGCAAAGUCUUUCUUUGGAUACUGUGACCACCCUUUUGACAACGGCCAUCAACGCUUCAGAGAAGAUUUUAGAGUCAUCAUCAUCAGUCAGCCCAACUGAACUAGCCUCCUAUGGAAACCGUGUGUUAAAAAUUAGCGAGAAACUCAUAUCUACAUUGGUGAAGCCAACAGACACGAGUGACAAUGUCAGUUUUACUCUCGCCACUGUAGAGGGACAAAUCUUCAUGGUUGGACCAAAUGUAGCCUUAGAUAAAAUCCCUCGACUUGACACAACAAGUUCUUCUGUGGACAUCGACCUCAUUGGGAUCGCCAAUAACAACAUUGAAGGAUUUGCUGCUGUGGCUUUCAUGAGUUUUCACACAAUGGAGAAUCUACUUAAGCCCGACUUCUUUAACACAUCAAAUGACGUGGUUAAAACCAUGAUGUCCACUGUGAUCUCAGUUACUCUUCCCAGAACCACCAAUACUAAACUCACCAAACCAGUCAACUUCACCCUCAAACACAUCAGAGAUUCUGCCCCCAGCGGUUCUCUGUCCUGUGUGUACUGGAAUAUCAGCGAGUGGAUUGUAGAUGGUUGUUCUGUUUUAGAGACCAACAGCAACUACACUGUGUGUUCCUGUGUUCAUCUGUCAACAUUCGCUCUGAUGCAAACCAGCCCCCGCCCAUCUGAGAGCGAUCCACGGCUGGACCUGUUAACUUUGGUGUGUGUGACGGUGGGGCUGGUGUUCCUCAGUUCAGCCCUGUUGACCUUUGCCCUUUGUCGGUGGACUCGUAUAGGUGAUUGGAUCGUUGGUCACUCUGGUUGUGUCAGGCUGGUUCCUGGAGGCUAUGUCAGGGAACUGUCAGGCAACAGUACUGGACGUGCUUCUGAAGACUCUGCUGUGGACCCAACAACAUCAAAAGUGUCCCAAGAAAAACAGAACAACGUCACGUUAAACCUAGAACGCGUGAACCAAAAUAUCUACAGCAAUGCGUAA